CUGUGGAAAAAUAUCCCCCGUAGUUGCCUCUAUGAUUUAAUGCUAAAAUCUGGCAAUCAAGGAAGGAAGACUGGGAGAGGAAAAAUGGAAAGGAAAUAUGAGGAAAGAGCAGAAGAGGAGGAGAGCGUAGUGGGAAGAGAGAGAAGGCUGUAUGAAGCAUCAAUAACCGGAAGUGUGAAUUCCUUGAAGCAGUUGAUGGCAAAAGACCCACUCACUCUUGCUCGAGCUGCAGUCACAUGCUUUAAUGAGACUCCACUCCACGUAGCCGCCAUGCUCGGUCACCUCGACUUCGCAAGCUAUCUUCUUACUCACAAACCAGACAUGACCAUGGCCCUGGAUUUGCGGGGGCGUUCGCCUCUACACUUGGCUUCUGCCAAUGGCUAUGUUGAGAUGGUUAACAUACUGCUGUCCGCCAAUCCUGACGCUUGUCUCAUCCGUGAUGAGGAUGGAAGAACGCCCCUCCAUCUGGCUGUAAUGAAAGGCGAAGUUGAGGUCACAAGGAUGCUGGUUGGGGCUCGACCACAAGUGACUCGUUACAAAUUGGAUCAAGGCGAGACCAUUCUGCAUUCCGCUGUGAAACAAAACCGUUUAGGAGCGCUGAAGCUGCUAGUUGAAUUGGCAGGAGAGGACGUGGAGUUUGUGAAUUCCAAAGAUGAUUAUGGCAACACCGUUUUACAUACCGCUACAGCCUUGAAACAGUAUGAGACAGCAAAAUAUCUGGUGGAGAGACCUGAAAUGGAAGUAAAUGCAGUGAAUGGAAAUGGCUUCACAGCCUUAGAUAUCAUACAACAUAUGCCGAGAGACUUGAAAGGUAUGGAGAUCCGAGAAUCUCUAGCUAAAGCUGGAGCUUUAAGUUCCAGAAACUUGCCUGCGUUACCAGGCAUAGGUCACGAAUUCAUGGGAGAAAGUGGCAUAACCAUGGUGAUUGAGAACCCCCAAACACCACCACCACCAGUAGCUGCAGUUCUCACAGAAGCAAAAGCACACCGUGAGAUGAAAAUACGUGAAAAUAAGAAAGAUUAA